AUGGCAGCGAGCACGACGACGAAUUCCUUCGCGGCGUCAAGUCCGCUGGCUCCCAUGCACCCGACCAUGACUGAGCACGACUUCCGCUUUCCUCGCAGGCCAGCCGACGCCGCCGCGACCGGCAGCCGGAAACCCGACCGAUUCGACCACGGUCGCUCGCCCGUUGCCGGUGCCAAGACAAUGCCGCCGUCAACGACAGCGACCGCAGCGACAGCAGCAGCAGCGACGGCGGCGGCCGCCGCGGCAAGGCCCAGCAGUUUGCGUGCCGCCGAGUUCCAUCACAACCAUCGCCCGCCGCUGACUCAUGGCGGUGCCCACCCGGACUUGCUGCGCGCCGCCGCCUUCCCGCCGUUCCAGCAGAUCGUCGCGCGCGAGACCCAGAACCUGGAGGAGAUGCAGAAGCGUGACCCGCUGGCCAUCCAGGUCUGGCGGUUCUACGCGAAGACCAAGCUGCUCCUCCCGGCCCAGGAGCGCAUGGAGAACCUGACGUGGCGGAUGAUGCACCUCAAAUUGCAUGGCGCCCGAGCGGCCAACGCGCUGAAAGCCAACCGUGCCCCUGGCGUGUCUGCCAAUGCCCCAAGCGGCAUUGCGCAAUUGCGCCAGUCUUCGGAUCAUCCCCCGCUGCCGACGGACCCCAUGAACCUCGACGACUUCAUCAACAACGACAGCGUAGGAACCCCGGCCGGCCUGGCGCUGACCCCGACGCCAGAAACCAUGCGGCGAGCCGAACACAAGUCGGCUCACACCACCCCGUCGGCCAUUCCCAUCAACAGCAAGCCCCGCAAGGAACCCUCCUCGCAGCUUCUGAUCCCCCAGUCGGUGCCCGUUGCCGCCCACCAGAGAGUCCAGGAGGAGUUCGGCUACGUUCCCCGACACCCGCGCAAAACCAGCAUCGAUGAGACCGGCCAACGUGUAAGUAACCGGAAACGCCCGGCCGAUUUCUCCCCACACGUUCCCGCGGUCACUGCCGGCCUUGCCAGCAAUGGGCUCGAAGCCGAUGCGGAUCUUAACGAGUACUCACUCGACCACUUACAUCCGGCCGGCACCAUGUCGCAGCCGCCCAAUCACGCGGGGAUCCCCUUCCCACUCGACACCUUCCGCUUGGACAACGAUCCCAUCAUAACCUCUGCCGGACCCUUCCAGCAGCACUUCUCCUUCUCCCCGGCUAGUUCGCCAUUAGUUACCCACGAUCCGUUCUCCGCGAUGUACAACGGCCCAUCGAUGCCUGCUGGCUCCUUGGGUGCAAACUAUUACUCUCCUCCCGGCUCCGCCUAUCAGUCCGCCGUCUCGACUCCCCACCCCUUGGGCGAUGGCGAUGGCUUUUAUUUUGGAUCCAUGGACGUGCGCCAUGCGCGCCAACAGCCCUACCGGACUGCCCAUCCUGGCAUGGGCAGUGCCCUCGGUCACCAGCUUGCGUACGGGCCCGGCAGCAACAUGAUGUAUCCUAGUGUCGGCGCUGCCUCAGAACCCGCGUCCGCAUUCACUGCACCGAGCUCUUUCGGUCACAUUGACCCUGCCCAAGUCUUCCAGCAGGAGCAGCUCGGCCGUUCUUCUACCGCCAGCCUCGGGAAGGAUCAUAUGUUUUCGUUCGGCGCCGACUCAGAUGACGAGGACGGAGGCGCUUUUGCCGAUCGCAACCUCCCGAUCUCCCAGGACUUUGCUUCUCAAGGCAUGGAGGAUGGUGGGUUUGACAGUUCGUCGCUGCAGUGGGAUCCGUGUCUUCCGGGCAACUUCAGCACGCAGGCGGCCAGAUAUCCUGCCGGUCCUCCUCGGAAGCAGGUGACCAUAGGCGGCACCACGACCGAUUAUGUAGACGCGGCCGGCAACUGGGAAGGAGGGAGCUUGAACAGAUCGCACUCGCAAUCCUUCCGUGUCACGAACGGGCGCAUCGGCAAGGUACCAAGGACGGCGUCUACUCCUGGGUUGGCAAGCCGGGGUAAUCCGUCCGACAGGCUGGCCCAGUCGACUCCGAACUCUCCGCCUGCCGAGCCCAAGGCUGCGUCGGGCCUUUCAUCCGUUAACACCAGUCGACCGUCGUCCCCUCCGCCGGUGUCGAGACACGGAUCAACCACCAAUCUGCAAGGGGUAGGAGCCAAGCAGGGCGACAACAACAACAACAACAGCAAUAACAACAACAACACGAACUCCAGCACACCGACGACAUGUACGAACUGCUUUACUCAGACAACACCAUUGUGGCGCCGGAACCCCGAGGGUCAACCUCUUUGCAACGCCUGCGGCCUCUUCCUCAAGCUGCAUGGAGUGGUCAGGCCUCUGAGCUUGAAGACCGAUGUCAUCAAGAAGCGGAACCGCGGCUCCGGAACGGGCCUCGGUGUUGGCGGCACCAGCACUCGAUCCAGGAAGAACGCCGGUUCCAGCGGCUCGGGAACGGCGACGAAGAAGAAUUCUGCAUUAUCUACAUCCGCCAGCGCUAACCCUCCUCAGACACGAGCGAGCACGCCGCCGGCAGGGCUGAGCAAAGCUGGCGGCGCUACUGGCAGCGGAAGCCCAGCGAGCGGUUCCGCAUCGGCUGGGAAUAACACGACCGGAAGCACGCCAGGAUCCUACCAUGGCAACGCUGGGUCGUCCAGCGGCGUAGUCGGUGGCAAGGGAGUCGUUCCGAUUGCUGCCGCACCGCCAAAGAGUGCACCGGGGCCCGGCGCCGCCUCCCAACCGCGGCCUCCGGCAGUUUCCUCGAAGCGUCAACGACGCCACAGCAAGAGCGUGACAGUAGAGCAGUCCCCGAGCAAUAUGGACAUCGACAGCCCGGAGAGCUCGACGGGAUCCAACGAGGCGGCGGCGACGACGCGGCCGCUGGGUUCUAGCUCCGCGAUUUCCUCCUUGCAGCCAAGCAGCAGCAGUCUCGGCCUCUCCAGCGCCUUUGGUUCCCUGUCUCGACCGCUGGCUGGACCGGGAAGUCAGCAUACGGGCCCGCAAGAGUGGGAGUGGUUGACCAUGAGUCUUUGA